UGCCAUGUUGGAUGGAACUGGCUCUGGGCUCUCAGGCAGACGGACUUCCCAGGAAACUUUUUGGCAUUUCCCGUCUUCGCCCAGUCUUUCGCCCUCUUUAAAAGAGGAGCGGGACGUUGCACGCGUUUCUUGGCGCCUCAAUAUCUCCGGACGUCCGGCACAAACUACCUAACGUUACGUGAAGGGAUCUGGGGGCGGGGAGGGGAGGAGGAGGAGGAGGGGGGGUCCGUGCAAGGCCACGAAUGACCGAGGAAUUGUUUAUGUGUCUCGUUGGAUUUCCCAUAGCGAGUUACAGUCGGUGCACACUUGACACGUCGAUCCCCAAUAAUGAGUGGACACCCGUCGCAACGGCGACAAACGAAUAUCGGGUCGAUACAACUGACACCGCAGGAAAAUGAAUGCUUCUUCAACCACCUCGGAAGGAAAUGCAUCUCGUUGUCGGCUGCAGUGGUCCAGGUGUUCACGGCAGAGAGGAACUCCAGCUGGAACAAGAGAUGCUGCGGGGUGGCCUGUCUGGUCAAAGACAACCCGCAGCGGUCCUACUUCAUCAGGGUCCUGGACAUCAAGGAUGGGAAGAUACUGUUUGAACAGGAGCUGUACAACAGCUUCACCCUCAACCCUAUCAAACCGUACUUCAUCACGUUUGCUGGAGAUGCGUACCAAGUGGGUCUGAACUUUGCCAGCGAGGAGGAGGCCAAGCGUUUCCACGGCCACGUGGUGGACCUCCUGGGGAAAAGGCAGAGGAAAUCUGAGAAGAGACGCGACCCGCCAAACGGCCCGACGUUGCCCAUGGCGACGAUCGACAUCAAAAGCCCAGAGAUCAGCAAUGCGCCACGUUUCCACAACAACUCUCAGGUGAACAACAUCGUGCACUCGUCCUUCCAGAAGAGGGAGAAAAAGGGCAAGGCGAAGAAGAAGAGGCUCACCAAGGCGGACAUCGGCACACCCAGCAACUUCCAGCACGUUGGGCAUGUAGGAUGGGAUCCAAAUACAGGCUUUGAUUUGAAUAACUUGGACCCGGAGCUGAAGUCCCUGUUUGAUAUGUGUGGCAUUUCGGAGGCUCAGCUGAAGGACAAGGAGACCUCGAGGGCUAUCUAUGACUUCAUCGAGAAGAAAGGAGGCGUAGAAGCUGUCAAAAACGAGCUGCGGAGAGAAGCUCCUCCGCCCCCUCCAUCCAGAGGCGGCCCUCCUCCCCCACCCCCGCACCACGGCUCCGCCCCACCGCCCCCCCCUCCAGUCAGGGGCCGAGGUGCCCCGCCACCUCCUCCACCCUCCAGAGCUCCCAUCUCUGCACCCCCUCCUCCCCCUCCAUCCCGACCGGGCAUGUCCGCUCCGCCUCCCCCGCCCAGCCGCGGCGCUCUCCCGCCUCCCCCUCCGCCAGCCCAUGCCUCAAUUUCGGUGGGGCCUCCCCCGCCACCUCCUCCUCCAUCAUUCUCAACUCCGUCCAGUGCGGGAGCCCCGCCUCCCCCCCCUCCUCCUCCACCUCCUCCUGGGCCUCCGCCCCCCGGGCCCAAGCUGCCCCCGCAGGCUAACGGAGGGGACGGCGGUCCGCCCUCAAUCGGCCCGGGGGCGCUGCUGAAUCAGAUCAGAGAAGGCGCCAACCUGAAGAAGGUGGAGCCGAAAGAGAGGCCGACGUCCACCGGCACCGGCAGGGACGCCCUCCUGGACCAAAUCCGACAAGGAACCAAACUCAAAGCGAGGGAAGACUCUACCGAGUCAGCGCCUUCCGGCGCGGUCUCAUCUGCGGGCAUCGUGGGGGCCCUGAUGGAGGUGAUGCAGAAACGGAGCAAGGCCAUUCAUUCUUCAGAUGAGGACGAUAAUGAUGACGAUGACGAGGACUUUGAGGAUGAUGAUGAAUGGGAAGACUAGCAAUAAUUGGGUUUUGUUUUUUUUUUCCUCUGCCCCAAACCCCUGGAUGAUUAUGACACUAAGAUGAUUCCUUCUACUAUAAAAUAUUUCAUUUCAAAAAUUCAAAAUGAAAUAUUCCAUCAAUUUGCUGUAUACGUUUGUUGCCUCUAUGCCUUUUUUCUCAAUCUGUGCAAUACCUCAUUCAAUCUGUAGAUGUUUGUCAAUCUCAUUUGUGAGACAGACGGUUCUUUUUCUCCGUCAUGUGUGUCUCUCCUGUCUCUCCUCCAUCUUGUCUUUUGAUAGCAAUAUGUCUCAUUUCGAUGGUGUUCGGCCUUUUUCAUUAAUCUGCUUCUUUUUUUUCCUCGUCCUCCCACCUUCCCAACUUGCAUCCAUCUGUUACUCAGACAUCUUUCAGAUCAUCACUCAUGUUCCCUCACUGUCACUCGCCCAUGUUCCAAUUCCACAGAUGAAUGUGUGCAAUUUUACAUCGAAGUGUCUCUUGAAGCUUUGUGUUGAAUCUUUUUUUUCUUGUGGGCGCUUAGUCAUCAAUUGUGUCUUCAUUGUUUGUCAGGCGGAAAAAGAAAUUGAACUAUUUUCAUAAUCUAUUGCUCUCUAGUUUAUUUUGACUUAUUCAAAUGAACCUAGUUUAGCACUCAUAUUUUCUUAAAACUGAGAUGAAGAAAAAGAAAAAUGCUCUUUUUGGAAUAUAUAGCUUAAUUUGCUGUUGACUGUAAAUUAGCUGCGAUGAGUCUUAUAUUUUUGCACAGAAUGAAAGAGGAGACUUGCUGCACAAGUACAGCACAUUUUCAGGGUGUGUAUCAUUAUGGGACAUAAAUAUGCUUUCAGCAAUGAGGCACCAGACAAUAAGCAUUUUUAACUGUUAACCAACCACACUACAUACAGCAUAUAAAAGGAGGUAGCCCACAUUUUUAUGGCUAUCUUAUCUGUUGUAAAUUUUAGUUUUAUAGGGUUUUUUUCAGUGUAAACUGCUUUUUUAUCUUUUAUUUUUUACAAUAUCAAGUAGUCGAGUGUUAAUGUCUGUGUGUGGGAAUCAGGUCUGUUAUGUUAAGCUUGAGUAAUAAAUGCAUUUAGUUUAACACCUGACGCUUGCAAUGGGCCCAAAUGCUAAGUUACUGAACAGAAAACAGCGGCGAUAAAGACGUUUUUUGUCCUGUUGGAGACACUAAGUGCUGACGGUUUAGGGACAAACACUAGAUCCAUUACAUCAUUCAAACUAGUAUUGACAUGUUCCUGACUAACUAGUAAAUCUUGAGGUGUAAUAUAGGAAUAGUUCAAAUACCUCUGUGGUUAAUUACGCUCUACAAAGACCAAAUGGUCAGAUGUCUUAUUUCAAGGUGGAGUUUUGACACAAGACUAAACAUGCUAUAAAGCACAAAUGGGGAGAAGUAAUGUUUGUUGACUUUUACCCAUCAAAGGUCAGCUAACAUUAGCUGUCAUAUGCUAACUGGGCAUACCAGGACAAGACAAAAAAAAACACAUUUAGCAAUAACAUGGAGUCUUCAAUGACAUUAUUGUGGAUUAGGCAUUUUAUUGCUAAUUGGUUCUACUUUAAAUCUGUACAAUGGGAUUGUGUCGAUUCCUCCUCGACGCGUCGAGCGUGGCGCCCGGUUGUCCUUCCCGGUUGUUCUCUUGCCAGCUGCCGCGUUAGCAUCUUGCAUCCGCUAACUGUUAGCAUGCUACUAUUGCUAUCAUGCUGUGGCUAAUGGGAGGGCUAACACAAAAAACGUCUGACCCUCGGUGUAACAAACAUUCAGACAAAAUGCACCGACUUGACAAAAUUAGCGUUUUUUUUUCCAGAAGAGGAAUGUUGGAUUUCUGUCUUGGAGAGACAAAUCGCCACUUGUUUUGAGAACUGACAUCGUUCCUGAAACCUUGCCAUGUUUUCGCUGUUCGCUCCUGUAGGGGAUUUGGUGAAUGAGGAAGCCAAGCUUUCUCAAUGAGGCUUGACAAAUAUUCAACUCUGACACUGACAUUGUACACUCCAAUAAAAGGUUGAUAUUUA